GUCUGUAAACUCUGCAGGACACCGGCCCUCCAGGACCGAGUUUGGACAGCCCUGUGCUAGACCCUUGUGACAGUGAGCUCUGUUUGUAAACGCCUUUGCGUUUGGUGACGGAAGUAGUUUUACCUUGUCAUGCCCACUGAAACUACAGCGUCAUUCUGAGCCCUCAGGUGAGAGAGAUGAGAGAACGCCGCGGGAUUUACUCCGUGAAACUCUGAACGGCCCGUCGAGGACUUUUCAAUAGGACUAUUUCAUCCAAACUGCCUUUAAAAAAGCAGCGUCCGGACUGACUGAUCGGCUCUUCAGGCGUGCGCUUUUCUUUUGUUUGGUAGCGAAACUAGUUUCCUGAAAUAACAUGAGUUCUGCCGUGUAUGAACAUGGAGGGAACGGGCGUCAUGAGCAUGUCACCUUCCUGACGAAUGAACGGAAGAUGGCACCAGCACGGAGGGCGAGCAUUGCCGUGGGGGUCUUCAUCGCCCUGCUGGUAGUGGCUGCAGUGGUCGGAUUUCUUGUGUGGCUCUUCGUUGUCAGGAGCAAAGAAUUGGAAAAUGAGUCCACCAUUCUUAAACACAGCCCAUCCACACUGGUUUACAGCGGACAAAUUAAGCUUCUCAAACCAGAGUACAGCCCGGUGUACGACAAUCCCGACAGUACAGAAUUCCAACAAGUGGCGAAGGACUUGGAAAGAAUUAUGAACAAUACAUUCACCAGAGAUCCCCUCUUUUCCAGAUACUAUACCAAGUCUGUCAUCACUGCCUUCAGUGAAGGAACCUUAGCGUAUCAUUGGUCUCAAUUUGACAUUCCUGAGACGGACCAAGAGAUCGUCCCAGAGCUGUCGGAGGAUCGUGUGGUCGAGGCUCUGCGGAGGGGCAUCCGACAGGGGGGCAAACAAGUCGGGAGCGUUGCAGUCACUACCAGCGACAUCACUGCUUCAACCACAGACCCUCGGAUGGCUAGGGACCCCAGAUCCAAGAAAUGCUUUUACAGUCUCAUAGCUGAAACCACCAACAAAGAAUUUACAUCUCCUGAACACCCUAAGAGAUUCCCAAUUCACUCCCGAUGCCAGUGGCAGAUCCGCGCUCCUAAAGGCUAUGUCAUCAUUGUCAAGUUCAGGACCUUCCACAUAGAGGAUGACUGUGCCAAUGACUACGUGGCCAUCUAUGACUCUCUCAGUCCUGACAGCACAUAUGCUAUCACAAAACAGUGUGGACUUCGACCUCCAACAAAUCCACUUGAGGUAGUUUCUUCUGGUAACAUCAUGCUUGUCAACCUAAUCACAGAUGUGGCCCGGAGACCUGGAUUCAGAGCGGUUUACGCUGCCGUUCCCACUAUUGCUGCUGAGAGCUGUGGAGAAUCUCUGACUGCUCCCACAGGAAACUUCACCUCUCCUCAUUUUCCUAGUUUCUAUCCUCCUUUGUUGGACUGCAACUGGAACAUCAAUGUUCCUGCUGGCAGAAGGAUAAAGAUUGAGUUCAAUAUGUUCCGUGUGAAAGAGCCGGGGGUGGACACUAGCAGCUGUCACAAAGACUACGUAGAGGUGCUGGGUAAAAAGUAUUGUGGAGAGAGACGUAGACUUGUUCUUUCUAGCACCACCAAUUCCUUGGAAGUGAAGUUCCAUUCAGAUGAAUCCUACACUGAUAAGGGAUUCAGGAUCAUUUACACCGCCUUUGACCCUGUAAACCCUUGCCCGGGUCAGUUCGCGUGCACCUCAGGCUACUGCAUCAAAAAAGAGCAGCACUGUGAUGGGUGGAAUGACUGCGAAGACAUGAGUGAUGAGAAAAGCUGCCUAGCGGCUGGUGUCUGCAAUGAUUUCUCCUUCAAAUGUGAAAACAAGCAGUGUGUAAACAAAGUGAACGCAGAGUGUGAUCGCGAAAAGGACUGCUCGGAUGGUUCAGAUGAACAGGGAUGUGACUGUGGAGUCCGGCCAUACAAGCACAACCGUAUUGUGGGUGGGCAGAACGCAGAUGUGGGUGAAUGGCCAUGGCAGGUCAGUCUACAUUUUAAGACCAGCGGACACGUUUGCGGUGCCUCAAUCAUCUCCAACAAAUGGCUGCUGUCCGCUGCCCACUGCUUCAUCCAGCCUGAUUCAGCCUACAAAAUAACAUCCAACUGGCUGACGUACAGUGGUCUGCGGGACCAGAACAUCCAGAUUUGGGUUCCGGUCCUGGUCUUGUGA